UUUGUUUCAGAUGUUUCCAUAGUGGGAAACAAAUCCUUUAUCUAAAAUGUCAAAGUUGAUGAAACUUUGUUUUCUUCUGAUCUUCUGUCACGUGACUGUCUCUAAAUUGAUCGGGAACACGAAAGAAGAUGAUGUACGUGUUAGUAAGAGAUCAUUUGAAUGUAAGCCUGGAUCCUUUAUUUGCAACAGUACAAAGAUUUGUAUCGCCCAAAUGUUCAUCUGUGAUGAUUUCAAGGACUGUGAAGAUGGGUCCGAUGAAUGGAAUUGCACUGAUGAAAAUAAAGAUAAAUAUUUCAACUCGUUGUUCGUAAAAAGACCAGAUGAAGAUAGAGAUAAAAAUGAGUUAAAAGAAUGCAAACUUAGCUAUCCUGUCCCGUUUUGCCAAUGUUCAUGGAAAAGCCUCUUUUGUGAAAAUCGUGGUCUCCAUUCAAUACCGGAAAACCUUCCAACAGAUAUUAAAGAAUUGGAUUUGUCUGGAAACUUUUUGCCACUUAUAAAACACUCCAAUUUCACUAGACUUUCUUUCCUUCAAACUCUGUAA